AUGGAAGGUUUAAACUGUGAUGAUAUCAAUUUGAUCGAUUCUGUAAAUAAUGCCGGAGCUGGAUGCAUCAGACACUUUGAGCACAAUUAUGAGGUUAGAUUCAUAGAAAAAUUUCUGAUAGCUUGAAUUUCUAUAUAUUUCAGAUGAUAUGCUUCUCAACAACUUCAAAAACCCUGCAAAGUAUUGGACAUGUCAUAAUGUACAUGGUCAGUUUUCAUAUUUUUAUUAAAAUAAUAGUUUCUCCCAAUUUUCAGUCAAACGCCGCUCAUCCAGACAAUAUUCUUCUACAUUGUUCAAUCAAACUCUUCCAAGAACAACUGAAUUCUUCAUUUUUGUCUUUGUACACAUAUUCAGAACCUGAUUAUAUUGUAAGUACAGAAAACAUUUUGAAAAAAUAAUUUUUUUUAGGAAGAAAUGGAGCGGCAGAUUAUAUUACUUCAGCAUCAUCUGAAUUUCAUAUUGAGAGAUCUUGAACAACUGAGAAGAAUCGAACAUCGAUUAUUGUAA